CACAAAACAUUUCGGUUCUCCUAGACAACAUUAUUUCAAAAAUUACUAAGAAUCUGAUACGCUGCAUCACUGGCUUUUAGAUUCGACCCAUCCACUCAUUUCAUUUCCUCGUAAAGAAAGCCAUUAAAAGAUCAUAAAGCAUGCGUGAAUGUAUAUCUGUGCACGUCGGCCAAGCCGGAGUCCAAAUAGGCAACGCCUGUUGGGAAUUGUAUUGCUUAGAGCAUGGAAUCCAGCCGGACGGCCAGAUGCCGUCCGAAAAAACGGUGGGAGGAGGAGACGACAGCUUCAACACAUUUUUCAGCGAGACGGGUGCGGGAAAACACGUGCCCAGAGCAGUUUUUAUUGAUUUAGAACCCACAGUAGUGGACGAAGUAAGAACGGGAACCUAUCGUCAACUAUUCCAUCCCGAGCAACUGAUCACGGGCAAGGAGGAUGCCGCCAACAACUACGCGAGGGGACACUACAGCAUUGGCAAGGAGAUUGUGGAUUUGGUGAUGGACAGGAUAAGGAAACUGGCGGACCAAUGCACAGGUUUGCAAGGUUUCUUCAUCUUCCACUCGUUUGGCGGCGGUACCGGCUCGGGAUUCACGUCCCUGCUGAUGGAACGUCUGUCCGUCGACUACGGUAAAAAGUCCAAGCUGGAGUUUGCAAUCUAUCCGGCCCCACAGAUAUCCACCGCCGUGGUGGAGCCGUACAACGCCAUCUUGACCACACAUACGACCUUGGAACAUUCAGAUUGCGCCUUCCUGGUGGACAACGAAGCCAUCUACGACAUUUGCAGAAGAAAUUUGGACAUUGAACGGCCGACCUACACCAACUUGAACAGGUUGAUCGGCCAGAUUGUGUCAUCGAUAACUGCGUCGUUGCGGUUCGACGGCGCUCUGAAUGUGGAUCUCACCGAGUUCCAGACCAAUCUGGUGCCCUACCCUCGCAUCCACUUCCCCUUGGCCACUUACGCUCCCGUCAUCUCCGCCGAGAAGGCCUACCACGAACAGCUGAGCGUGGCGGAGAUCACCAACGCGUGCUUCGAGCCCGCCAAUCAAAUGGUGAAGUGCGAUCCGAGACACGGGAAGUACAUGGCGUGCUGCAUGUUAUACAGAGGAGACGUGGUUCCCAAAGACGUGAACGCGGCAAUUGCGACGAUCAAGACCAAACGUACGAUCCAGUUCGUGGACUGGUGCCCGACAGGUUUCAAAGUUGGCAUCAACUAUCAGCCUCCGACUGUCGUGCCCGGUGGUGAUUUGGCCAAAGUGCAGAGAGCAGUUUGCAUGUUGUCCAACACGACGGCCAUUUCCGAAGCUUACGCGCGUCUAGAUCAAAAGUACGAUCUGUUAUAUGGCAAACGUGCGUUCGUCCACUGGUACGUGGGCGAGGGCAUGGAGGAAGGUGAAUUCUCAGAGGCCCGCGAGGAUUUGGCAGCUUUAGAAAAGGACUUCGAGGAAGUCGGCAUCGAUUCUGGCGACGGCGAAGGAGAAGGUGGUGAAGAAUAUUAAAUUUUUUUUUCUUGUCCCGAUUUUACUCUUUUCUACUAUUUAAUAAAUUGCAACGUGCUUGUUUUGAA